AUGCCGCCCCCUCCUCCGCCUCCCCCACCCCCUCCCAUGCCCGGCCGGGGAGGACCACCGCCUCCUCCCCCACCGCCGGGCGGCCUACCUGCCAGGCCUCCACCGGGGAACAACAGAGGUGCACUCCUAAGCGACAUCACAAAGGGCAAAGCUCUCAAGAAAACCGUCACAAAUGACCGUUCAGCACCUAUACUUGCCGGCUCUGGUGGUGUCACCUCGGCCGCACCUCCUGUCGGCGGUGCCCCACCUGUGCCCGGGAUGAUGGGUGGUAUGCCAAAGCCUCCCGGCGGUCUUGCGCCUCCGGUCCCCGGCAACCGGAUGAGGAGCAACAGCGAUCAUGGAAGAUCUGACUCUACAGGAUCAACCGGAGGAGGCUUGGAGACCAGUGCUCCGCAGCUGGGCGGCCUGUUUGCUGGCAUCGGUAUGCCGAAGCUGAGGAAAACUGGCGGUGGUGUAGACACAGGAGCAAAUCGCGAUGCGUCUUAUCUCUCAGACCCGGAAAACUCUACAGGUUCGGCUCCAAAACCGCCGUCGAUGUCUGCUCCAAAACCACCUUCGGGUGCCGCUCCUAGAGUGCCAGGUCGCCCAGGUGUCCCUGCUCCGCCAGCCGGACCAACGUCUCAUCCCUCGAUUGCGAAUUUGAGGAAGAACCCUAGUGAUGUCCAACGGCCCUUCUCAUCCGCAUCCAUGAUGAAAGGGCCACCUCCUCCGAUAGGCAAAAAGCCACCUCCACCUCCGGGUUCUCGCAAACCAUCCUCCAUGGCAGCUGCUCCUCCCGCUCCACCGAGUGCGCCGCCUGCUCCACCACCACCUCCCCCAUCUUCUGCUCCGAGACCGCCUCCGGCUCCUUCACGUGGAACCCCGCCACCCCCAGCUGUGCCACCCAGCUCUGGGCCCUCGUCAAACGGGGCAGCAGCGGCUAGCCUCGCAGUACAAGCUGCACUCAGAGCAGCAACAAGUCCCAGCUCAGCUCCAGCGGCACCGCCACCACCACCGCCACCGCCGGCUUCCCGCGGCGGCAGUAGCAAUCCAACAUCGCCGCCGCCGCCGCCGCCUUCUUCUGGCGCACCACCACCACCCUCUUCACCAGUCCCGCCACCCCCGCGGCCAGCUCAGCACCAACACCAGCCGUCAGCCAGCCGUGCGGCUCUGCUCGAUCCUGCGGCGUUCACACUUACUCCCAACGGUGGCAAGCUGCACAGCCCGACUCGGUCACUCUCUGGGGCACGGCCAGGGACUGCAGGAGGUGAUAGUACCAAUGGUGGGGGCAUGUACGUUGUACAUGACCCGCGUUGGAGGUUUGUGGGGGAAGACAAGUUCCCCAAACCGCGAGAGUUUUCAGGGGGUACCAAGCGAUAUCGCGCUGGUAGGGGGAGCAGUGUACCAUUGGAUCUAAGAUCUCUGGGGUAG